AUGGUAAAUCCGGAAACUAUGGCCACCGGUCCGAACGUCGAGAUAAAUCUGGGUCAAGAACUCCUCAGGGCUUUUGAGCAGUUGGGCGCGAAUCAGGGCGAAUGCGUUGAUUCUUAUCGAGUUCCAAAAAUUCCACCGUUCUUUCGUAAUGAUCCAUCGUUAUGGUUCAUGCAAGUCGAGGCGUCAUGUCGCGCACUAGUCUCAGGCCAAGCCACUAUGGCUGAUUGCAUUAUUUCGCAUCUCGACAGCGACGUCAUUGCCCACGUCAAGGACAUACUAACGGCCUCACCGGCUCCCGCGGAUAUUUACGAUCAAAUUAAACAUAGGAUCGUUUCAGGAUUCGCCGAAUCCGCCGAGACUCGCUUCCGUCGACUUCUUAAGGGCGAAGUGUCCUUCGAAGGAAAACCAUCCGUUCUUUUAAAUCGUUUGUGCAGCUACAAUGAUGGAGGCUGCACUGAAGAAGUCAUGAAAACUAUUUUCAUGAACAACCUUCCGAAGCACGUUACAGCCAUUCUGGCAGGCAACGAAACUGCUGAUCUGCAAACCUUGGCCCGUCUAGCCGACAACAUUGUAGUGGCCGUUCCAACUCCGCCCAUGUCGCAAUUUAACACAGCCGCGAUUACGAAAGAAACCCCUUCGGAAACGUCCGACGCCAAACUUGACUGGCUUGUUAACGAAUUUAAGCAAUUAAAAAGCCAGGUAUCAAAACUGCAAUCAAAUUGGUCACGAAACCCAUCGCGUUCGGAUUCGCAGAACAGGGGCAAUCGCAAUCGAUCUCAAAGCAGGGACGGGACAAAGUUCUGCUUUUAUCACAAGCGGUACGGAAGCAAAGCAAAAAGCUAUAGACAACCGUGCUCGUGGAUUCAGAAAUCGAGCCCGGAAAACUAA